AUGUUGGCCGGUUCAGUGAAACAGAAUGUUUUGCCGAAGCUGAAGAAUAUCUUUAUCGAUCAGAUCGUUGCUGCGCUUCAAACCGUAAGAAAAAUCAAAGGGUUCGGAGAGCAAUCCGUUAACUCGACGCGUCACGUACAAUUGUACGAUCAAGCAACACUCUGUUCGCGGACAAAUCCUUUUGCGCGAGGUCCACAGCACCUCAUGAAUAACGCCAAGGACGGUUUUUUGCCUACUGUUGCCCCAACUUCGAGUCCAUGCUGGCCUGUGCCUGCCUCACAUAUAAUCGCAAAAGCUUCGAGCCCCGUGGAACUUGUACCUGCAACGGUCACAAAUCAUGAGCAAGAACCCAAAGAUGUCCAUCAUCUUUCCGGGGUCGACUCCUGUCAAGUUUUAACCGUGCUCAAUGGGAAACGCCUAUCAUUAGAUGCCAAUGGCAAGAUGCAUGGAUAG